UAUCUUAAUGCUCCUGUAUACACUGUGUGCUUUCUCCACUGGCUACCGUAUAUCCCAUUACUUUCCCUUGGCUUUGAUUUCUGUCCGACCUUAAGUCAAUAAUCUCUGUGUGCAGUACUUAUCAUUUACUUUGAACCAAGACAUUUAGGACAACCUGAAAUACGUGCAGCAGAUGAUCUUCCACCAGCAGAAAACACCUCGUGUUCCAUGAGAAGACAGCUACUGUCGUUUUUAGUUUGCAGACCUAAUUGUUGGCUGGAGGCGAACUUCACUUUGCUGAAGGACGGCAGAGAAGAUGGCUGGGUGCUGCGGCUGCUUGGAGCAGUUCUCCCUGUGGGAACAAAUGGUAAAGGUGUAUAAAUAUAUGAGCGAGAUAUUAUCAGUGACUCAUACUGACAAGGAUCCUGCUGACGGAACCAGGAAGCUGAGCAAAAUGGAUAUCCAUCAUCUGCAGGAGCAGUACAACGGCAUGAAACAGAAGCAAAAGUUACAGACCCACAUCAUUGUUUUCAAAUCAGGUGACAAUGAACUGAUUUUAAGAGAACCGGAUGUGAACACUGUCCAAGUCAAUGAGAGGGUUAGGAAACUAAAGGCCUUUAAGGAGCAGACCCCAGUUAAAGAGGUGACUCUGGAAUUGUCAGACAAGAACUAUCUGACGAAGAGAGAUGGCACUUGGCACGCACAUCUGAACAUUCAUCGCAUGGUACAGCUGAAUGGUCAACCGGCUCCUGAAGCCACCCCCCCAGAGCAUGACGGAGACAUUAACAAGGCUGUAUUGUUUGAGAGGCUGCUGGGCUCAGAAGUGCAGCCAGUAAAUAUCUCUGCACCCAUUGCCAAGACCAUGUUGAUGAAAGAACUGCAUGGAGAUCACCAGUCCAUCAGUGGUUUCCGCAGGAAAUCUUCCCUCAAGAACCCGAUUCCUGCAUCGUGGAGUCAGUACCCCUUCCUGACCUCUAAGCCCACUUCUCCUACUGAGAGACUGGUCUACUAUCCUUUCCCUCAGAAAAAAAAUCCUCGCAUUUCAGAGGCUGCCAGGAAACUGGGUUUAUACGUAACACAUUAAAGUCAAUGUUUGGAAAUCCAUCAAACUGCAAUGUGAUCCUUC